AUGUUCGAGAUUAAGCUUCUGUGCGCAUUCACCCUGUGUUGUACCAUCUUUGUUGCGCAAUGUGAUCCAUCGAGUGUUGUCCAUCAUGGAGGUUUUGCUUUCGAAAUGAUCCUAACCAAAUUGAAGCUUUUAGAAGAUCGUUUAGAUGGAAACAUGGUAGAAAGAUCGUGCAGAGAGGUUCUUUCUUCCGGCAUAUACACCAUUCAACCGGAAAAGCCCUUCAAGGAACCAGUAAGCGUACUGUGCGAUAAGGAAUUCUUAUCGGGCGGAUGGACUGUGAUACAACAUCGGUUCGACGGAUCGACAAACUUCUAUCGCAAUUGGAAAGAGUACAAGAAUGGGUUUGGCAAUCUGGACGGUGAGUUCUGGUUGGGUCUGGAUCGGAUUUAUCAACUGACAAUGUCCCAACCACAUGAGCUGGUGGUGGUGCUUGAAGAUUUCGAUGGGAAUAAACCGUACGCCAAAUACGAUCAGUUUGAGAUUGGAGACGAAAACCAAAAGUACGAAAUGACAAAGUUAGGUGAACAUUCCGGAACGGCUGGUGAUUCUCUCAGUUACAGCAAGGGUAUGAAGUUUUCAACAUUCGACGCAGAUAAUGAUGAAUGGUACAGCCACUGUGCAGUCGAUUAUUAUGGAGCCUGGUGGUACAACAAAUGUCAUGAAAGCAAUCUCAAUGGAAACUAUCUUCGUGGAGUAACGAAAGCAUAUGCAACGGGGAUGUCUUGGAAAACCUUUCGAGGACUAAAUUAUGCACUAAAAUCUUCAAAAAUGAUGAUAAGACCGAAAGUGGUUUAA